AUGGCCGGAAGCAGCGCGAAGGUCUCGUCGAAGAAUUAUUGGAUGGCUUACAUUGGUCAGAGAGCAGCCUUAAGUCUUGCUGGUCCAUCCAAAUCUUUCUACUUGGGAAAGCAGAGAGAGCAUCGCGUCUUGCCAAUUCCGACAAGGCACGGAGAUGUCCAGUGCUGGGUGUACGACGCGGCGUCGGGCACGAAGCUGAACCUGCACACCGUUCAGUCUCGUAGCACAGGCGCUCCCAUCCACGUCAGCAUCCACGGCGGGGGCUGCAUCUUGUCGUCACCUUGGGAAGACGACCACAUCAACUCUCAUUUGGCUGGACUCGGUAUGGUAGUGGUUAGCCCGGUCUACUCGUGCGCGCCGCAAAAGCGCUUCCCGGUAGCUGAAGAGGAAGUCUAUGAUGUCUGCAAGUGGCUGAGCACGAAGAGUGGCGAAGCGUACGGAUGGGACAGCAGUCGGAUCUCGGUCAGUGGCUUUAGCGCUGGAGGCAAGCUGGCUCUGAACAUUGCUCAGCAGGCACAUGCGGAGAAUAAUGAGACUCUGCGACUACGAGCCUUGGCUCCCUACUUUACAAUGUUCGACGUGACGCGCUCCAAGCGGCACUCGAAGCACAGUAACAUGUUCCCAAUCGUGCCCGCGUGGCAGCUGGCUCUUGUGCAAGCAGUAUAUUUUCCAGACAUCGCUUCCCGCUCCACGCCGCUUGCAUCUCCUUAUCACGAUCCGGCUCUUGCCGAAGCCUGUCGAGGCAUUCCGCUCCUGAUCACGACCGGCGGUCGAGACACUCUUGGGGUCGAAGGCGAUGAGGUGGCACAUAGACUCGGCGGUGCAGGUGUGGAUGUCACGCACAAGUGCUUCGAGGAUGCGGAUCACGCAUACACACACAAAGGCUCCAAGGAGACUGCCCGCGAGUCUAUCAUCAUGCUAGGAGACUUUUUGACCAAGCAUCUGAGCCUGGAGUCGUGA